AUGUUUAAAGUGUCAGAAAGGAUUGUACCGGCUUCGCGGCUCCUGUUCAGGACGACCGCGCUGCGGUCUUUCCACUAUGGCCCUCUUAGAAGGGUACACCCCACAUCAUACUAUCAUUCGUUUGUACGCCCUUCCAGAUCAAUGUAUCUAUCAUCAGAGCUUCUUCAUCAGUUGACGCACAAAAGGUUUGCCUCGUACUUCCCCAAAAUCAUCGCCAGGGCGAUCAAAGUGCCAGCUUAUAUCGGCGGAGGGGCAGCUGCUGUGAGUACUUACGUGGCAUACAAAGUGGAAGAAGCUACCAAUUUCUCGCACGAGAAGCUUUCACAGCUCAAGGACUUUGCGUAUAACAUGAAGGAUAAAUUGAGCGGCGCUUUUGGUAAAAGUAGCAACGGGAAUGGAGACGAGAACGGGGACGGCAACGGUGGGGAACCCUUGGCCACAGGCGCUUUACUAGCGUCUCUGAGCAGUGACGACUCAAGGUCUAAAGGAGCGCAAGAUUCUGACGAAGAAGAGGAUGAGGAAGAAGAAGAAGAAGACAACACAGAAGAUGAGAUUCUGAACCUGACCAAGCAAAUGAUCGAGAUACGAGCCAUUCUUAACAAAGUAGACUCGUCGUCUGCAAAUCUAACCCUGCCAUCGAUUGUGGUGAUUGGCUCACAAUCUUCUGGUAAGUCCUCCGUGCUUGAAUCUAUAGUGGGUAAGGAGUUUUUACCAAAGGGGUCUAAUAUGGUCACAAGAAGGCCUAUUGAAUUAACUCUGGUCAAUACAGCUGGCGUGAGCGAAACGACUGCAGACUUUCCCUCACUACGUGCGUACAACAUCAAGGAUUUCAACGAAGUAAAAAGAAUUUUAAUGGAGCUCAAUAUGGCAGUGCCUUCAACUGAAGCGGUAUCAGCAGACCCAAUUCAGCUUACAAUCAAGUCUUCUCGCGUUCCUGAUUUAUCUUUGGUUGAUUUGCCCGGCUAUAUUCAGGUGGAAGCCGCUGAUCAGCCCUUAGAGUUGAAGUCCAAAAUCCGUCAGCUGUGUGAAACCUACUUGGCAGAACCGAACAUCAUAUUGGCGAUAUCAUCAGCCGAUGUUGAUCUAGCAAAUAGCAGCGCCUUGAGAGCAAGCAAAGUGGCGGACCCUAAAGGUACAAGAACCAUCGGUGUCAUCACUAAAUUGGAUUUAGUUGAACCUGCCCGAGCUAAAGAAAUUUUGAAUAGCAAGAAAUACCCUCUAAAAAUGGGGUAUGUGGGUGUUAUCACUAAAGCACCUAGCACUCCUUUGAAGUUUUUUGACAGCGGUUCUAAACAAGGGCUAUUCACGCGUAAAAAUACUAAGGAAACUGAAGUUGAACAUACUCGUUCAUUUGAACGUGAUUACUUCAAAAAUAACAAAAGUUACUUUGCCAAUUGCCAGGUGUCAACCAAAAAGCUGAGAGAAAAAUUAAUCAACAUAUUAGAGGUUUCCAUGUCAGAUGCGCUCGAACCCACUUCGAGGCUGAUCCAUCAAGAGCUCGAUGACACAUCCUAUUUGUUCAAGGUUGAGUUCAAUGACCGUCAGCUUACACCAAAAUCGUAUUUACUGAACAAUGUGGAUGUAUUAAAGCUGGCUAUCAAAGAACUUCAAGAAAAGUUCAACAGGUAUGAAUUGAAGUCUAUCUUAAAGGCUGACUUAGACCAGCGAGUUUUGGACUUAUUAGCUACUCGCUACUGGAAAGACGCAAACCUACAAGAGCUUUCAGCCAAAAGUAAUGAAAAAGACGACUCAUCAGCUCUGUACUGGCACAAGAAAUUAGAACUAUCUUCAGGUAGCCUAACAAAGAUUGGUGUAGGAAGAGUAUCCACAACACUGGUAACAAAUGCCAUUUUGAAGGAGCUAGAGAAUGUUCUCGAUUUGACACAACUAAAGAACCACGAUCUGAUCAAAGAACUCGUGAAUAAUACAGCAGUAAAUGUGCUGAAUGCGAAAUACUAUGCCACGGCAGACCAAGUAGAAAACUGUAUCAAACCCUUCAAGUAUGAGAUCGAUCUCGAAGAACGUGAUUGGUCAGUAGCUCAUGAUCACACUACAAAACUCAUGCGUGAAGAGUUGAGACAAUGCACCGACAGACUGCAAGCCAUUAAAAGCUCGAUAGGAGGCCGCAAGCUAUCACAAGUUAUGUCAUAUUUAAAGCAAGAUCCUGGCCGCCAAGAAACGCUAGGCUUUUCUGCUCUUUUGCUGGAACGUGGUAGGGAAGCUACUUUCUUAGAGAAUAGGUCCCAAUUACUGAAUUUCCGGCUCAAAACCUUGAAGAAUAGAUGCCACUCUACUGCGGACAAAGAUUUGUGCCCAGAGGUUUUCUUGAAUGCUGUGAGCGACAAGUUAACCUCUACUGCAGUACUUUUUUUGAAUGUGGAGUUGCUGAGUGACUUUUUUUACAAUUUUCCUAUCGAACUGGAUCGUAAACUGACGGCUUUAUCAGAUGAGCAGGUAGAGCUGUUUGCGAAGGAAGACCCUCGAAUUGCGCGUCACAUCGACUUACAAAAGCGCAAAGAUUUGUUGGAAUUGGCACUAGAACGCAUCGACUCUAUCUUGCUGUUCAAAAAGAGUUACAAAAAUAUGAAAUAG